GGACCGGAUCAGACAUUGACACCCCCUACCCUUAACGGUGGAUAAUGGUUAAAAUGGCACUUUGUAACAGUUUAAUUUUGGAUUAAAAUAAUAUAUUUUGCACUCCUUUCUUGUAACGGCUUGGGAUGAAUGCGACGUGUCGCAAUACGGGUCCUUCAUAGUCAACAUAAGCCAGACAACUGUAAUGUCCGAAGCCCACGUGUCGUGUCGACCACGUCAUCUCCGAACCCAAACCUCAAUCCUCGUACUUUACUUAACCCAUUCAUUUAUCCCCCCAAAACAGUAAAAAAGAAAAGAAAAUGGCUCAGAAACAGCCACAGAGGCCAAGAGAUGAAGAUCUCAGGCCACACGAGCCAAUCAAAUACGGCGACGUUUUCAACGUCUCCGGCGAGCUGGCAGGUAAACCAGUCUCUCCACGGGACGCGGCCACCGUCCAGGCGGCCGAGACGGCCAUGAUGGGGAAGACCCUGAAAGGCGGUCCAGCUUCUGUGAUGCAGUCGGCGGCCAACUUCAACGUCGGAGCUGGUUUGUUGUCUCCCGACCACGACUCCGAAGAUGUGGCCAGGCAAAAAGGUGUUAGCUUCUCUCAGUCCGAGGAUCGGGGGAGGUCAUAACCGAGUCGAUUGGUGGCCAGGUACAUCUCUACCUACACC